UAUGCCUUUGUUAUCGUAAACGACUGGACCGGAUGUUCGGUUCUGGUAUUAGGGAAAAGUCCCGAGUGCGUGACCGGGUCAGCUAUGUCGUGAAGGCGCAAGACAUACUUGACAUUGGCGCUUGUAGUCUUUGGGACAUGGACUGGGCGGAAAUGCCUGGUUAAAUUAUUGGACAAACAUAACGGAACCGAGAAAAGGCGUUGCCAUGACUUUCAGAAGAUGCUUUGGAGACUGGAAAAACGAGUCCUGCCAGGGCUUGUCCCUGAUACGCUGACGUCAUGAACUCGAUGACGCUUCGAUGGCUUUGCUUGCUCAGCAUAAGCCUCCCUGUCCUGUUCUGGUUCGGACAUGUGAUCACACGGGAGGGUUCAGCCCGCGUCGCGAAGCAAAGUGUUGGGCUACGGGGAUACGUGAGGGUCAGCCCGGACACCGCGGAGCAGUUCUUGAACGUGCACUUCAACCAGUGUGCCUUAGUUUCCAGUUCCGGCCAGAUGCUCGGAGCGGGCCUGGGCGCCGACAUCGACAAAAUCCAGUGCGUGAUCCGCAUGAACAACGCUCCCACCCUGGGCUACGAGAAGGACGUGGGCAGCCGGACCAGCGUGCGGGUGGUGUCCCACACCAGCGCCCCGCACCUGGUGAAGAACCAGCGCUACUACUUUGAAGAGGCAGCCAACACCACAUACGUGUUCUGGGGUCCGCAGAGGAACAUGAGGACAGACGGGAAAGGUGGCGUCUUCAACGCUCUCCUGAGGAUAGCAAAGAAGUAUCCCGAUGUCCGAAUGUACGCCAUGACGCAGGAAAGAGUGGCGCACUGCGACCAAAUCUUUCAGAAUGAAACCGGAAAGAACAGGUUGAAGUCGGGAGCGUAUCUCAGCACAGGAUUCUUCACGAUGAUUCUCGCUAUGGAAAUGUGCGACAGCAUCCGCGUGUACGGCAUGAUCAACACCGACUUCUGCAGUGGAACCAAUCACAGCGCGGCCUCCUACCAUUACUACGAGCGGGGCAAGAUGAACGAAUGCCGCAUGUACAGAAUGCACGAGCGAACGCAGCACGGCGGACACCGCUUCAUCACGGAGAAAGCCAUUUACGCCAAGUGGGCCUCGCGUCACAAGAUGGAGUUUAAACAUCCUUCUUGGAAUAUUUCCAACUUAAAACUACCCUGACUCGCUUCGGUGGAUUUCCGGAGCAGGAAGUUGUCAUAAAGCACCACCCUGACGAUCACUUAAAUUACAGACAAAGCUGAAAUGUACACUUAUUUGUUUGAAGAGAUGAGCCUUUCUUAACUAAUAUUUUGCACAAUUUACUGCUGCUUUUUUCCUAAAUAUUAAUGUUCUUAGACUUUAUAGUGCAACAGGGAGUGGACUUUCAUGCCAUGAUGGGUGUUGUUGUAAUGUUAUAUGAGCAUUUCACAGGAAUACAGUCUAGUGUCUGUCUAACGAGAUCAAAUACUCAAGUUAUUUAUUGAGCCUAAAAAGAGCCCAAUUUUACUGAAGUAUAAAACCAGUCCGAUGGGGGCGUUAUAAAGAAAUAUUGAAGGAUAAGGAGGCUAAGGGGGGCAAAAAAUAAGAUUAAUUUAGCAAAGAUUAGGGUUAGCUUUGAUACAUUUUGUACUUUAACAAUGCAGAAAGCAAUCCAAUGGAGGUCAAUAUAUGCUUUGUGUUAUAGCUGACAAAGCAAAUUAGUGUAAUGUCUAAUAAUUAGGGCUGUCAAAUAUAUUUAAUCGCGAUUAAUCAAAUUUACCGUAGUAAUUAAUCGGGGAUAUACAUUUUUUAAUCUUUCAAAAUAGUGCCUUAGAUCAGGGGUUCUUAACUUUUUGGACCCUGGGACCCACUGAAUGAGUAAUCCUAAUCUUGAUUUGAAUCAUAUAUUAUUAUAUUAUAUCUAACCUACUUACAGUUUACAACCUUGUCAAAUGAUUUGAAGCUAUGUGGUAAUUACCUAAAUUAUUAUCAAGGCUUAGGUCAGGCUGAUUACAAAAAUAAGUACUAAUCAAACAUACAGGACUCUUAAAACGGAUGAAAAAUACAAUUACGCAGUGCCGAAAUGAAUACAUUCCAACUAAAUUGGUAAUGAAUAAUAAUAACACGUUUCAUAACUAAAUUCUUAAUACAAUUAAAGUGCAAAUGAAAAUACAGCUUUAGCACUUCAGUCAUAAUUUUUGCACUUAAGAAACUUCUCUCUGACUUUAGCGCCAGACUUCUUCUGUUUGUUUGUCAUUACUGCCUCAAGUGGUGGAAAAAUGUAUUACAACUGAGUACCGCAUACUGCUGAGAAACAUAUCACGGCCCAAAAAUGGACCCUGGCCUUAUGGUUAAGAAACUCUGCACUAGGUGAUUAUUAAGUUUCUAAUACCAUCACCAUGGCACUGGACACUUUGUGUUCUGCAAAUGUUAGUUCAAUAAACAUGCUUUUUUAAACAGCUCAACACAAAAUGGAAACAUACUGUCUCACUAUUUAAAAAAACAGUUUUGGGAGGCUACUCUUUUUUUCUUUUUCUGUUUCUGCUCUGCGUUUGUCCCUGUUCGUUGCUGCGGCGCAGGUGAGUUUUCCCGCAUUUACGGUGUGGGGACACAACAAAUUGGGAAAUGACCGUUUACUCCCUAUUGGGAUUGAAAGUGUGGCGUGGAAAGCCAUUGCAUUGUGGGUCUUGCUUGACUCUGAGUAGCUUAUGGCUGAAUACAAGACUCCGUGCUUAGGUUUUGUUUUUUCAAGUUCAAAACAACUCGCAAACGUGGGCAUCAUUAACAAUCGCUUCAGGAAAAAAGAGUUUUGGCGAGGUUUUUUUUCCUCAUUUCUUGCGUAAAAGCAAAGCCGAAGGAGGUCGGGUUAUGAAGCUAAUAAAGAGACGUGAGACGAUCAAACAUGACUUUUAACGCCGUCACCUGGUACAGGUUGGUGUUUAUGGCAUUUUCACACUGGUAAGUUUGAAUCAAAGCAUGUUUUGUUCUGUUGCACACUUCGCAUUUAGUAAGAUGUUAGCGUUAGCUAAACUAAGCUAAGCUAGCUGCGGGUUACAAACAACAUACAGUAUUUGGGAAAAAUACCCCUAAACUUUAAAUAUAUUUCCCACAUUAAUGCACAGUGUAUUUCACACUUGAAAUAAAUUAAGUUUGAAACAGAUUUUUCCAGAAGACACCACACAGUGACAAGUUUACCUCUGAAAGACAACAUAUAAUUUUACACAAACCCAAAGUUGGUUUGUCUGUGAGCUUUUAGAGACUAGGGCUGUAUAAAAACUGACUGGGUUGACAAUCGAGAUACAGGACAUGUCGGCAGCUUGCUCAAAUCUUGUCUAUUGAACACACUCAUAUUGAUCAGUUCCACCAAUAGUACCGGUACUUAUUUUUUAAGACGGCGAGCCUUUGGAACAGGAUCCAGUUUGUUUCGGUACAGUCCCUUGAGUUUUUACAUUCGCACGAUCCAUUUGAAUCCAGUUUGUUGCUCUCUCUCACAAUGCCGCUGGUUGAGUACAGCCAUGUAAACAAACACUUUGUCCAGCCCCCACAAUGCAUUGAGAGCCCUAUUAUCACGUUAACUUUGACAGCCCUACUAAUAAUGUAUGUCAUUGAUAAUACAUUAUUUUUCUAAAUAUGUCAUGGGCCAAUUAAAAGAAACAAGCUGCAUGUACCAUGCCUACUUUGCUUCUUGUUUACAUUCAAUACGUUGCAAAAAGCUUGUUUUGUGACCCUAAAGCAGUGGUUCUUAACCUUGUUGGAGGUAUAGAACCCCACCAGUUUCAUAUGCGCAUUCACCGAACCCUUCUUUAGUGAAAAAUACAAUUGUUUUUUUUUUCAAAUUCAAGACAAAGUUAUAUGUUUUUGGUAACACUUUAGUAUGGGGAACAUAUUCUAAGUAACAAAGACUUAAUUUAGAGUUAUUUGGACACUAGGGGAACAUAUUCUAAGUAAUAAAGACUUAAUUUAGAGUUAUUUGGUUAGGGUCAGGGUUAGAGGGUUAGGGUUAUAAUAAGGCCAUGCCGAAUAAGGCAUUACUAAGUACUUAAUAAUGACUAGUUAAGAGUCAUUAUGUUGCCAAUUUGCAUGUUAAUAAGCAACUAAUUAAUGGUGAAUAUGUUCCCCAUACUAAAGUGUUACCAUGUUUUUUUACUGGUGCACAAAAUGAACCGUGCAUGAACAUCACCUUGUUCAAACAACAAAACCAACACAGUGCAUAAACUCACAACAAAUUACACACCUGCAAACCAGUCUGCUGUUGCCGUAUCCGUAAUACGCCGAUAGGGAGAAGUUUUUAUUUACACGAUGAGUCGGGUGUGUUUUGACCUCCGCCGAACCCCUGAGGCCGACUCACCGAACCCCUAGGGUUCGAUCGAACCCAGGUUAAGAACCACUGCCCUAAAGACUAUCAAAGUAUUUGUAAUUUGUACAACUACACUCUACUUUCUAUUUUGUUUUGAACAGAACUAAAAAAAAAAGGCUAGGUAGAGUGUCAUUAUUGGUCAUAUUAAGAAGGUGUGCGGAUUAUGUGCGUGUUUGUCGUAUGAGUUUGGGCUGAGGAGGUCAGAGCACGGUAAAAGAAAUGGUUUAGCAUCCAUCCAUCCAUCCAUUUUCUACCGCUUAUUCCCUUUGGGGUCGCGGGGGGCGCUGGAGCCUAUCUCAGCUACAAUCGGGCGGAAGGCAGGGUACACCCUGGACAAGUCGCCACCUCAUCGCAGGGCCAACACAGAUAGACAGACAACAUUCACACUCACAUCCACACACUAGGGCCAAUUUAGUGUUGCCAAUCAACUUAUCCCCAGGUGCAUGUCUUUGGAGCAUAAAAAAGAAAAAAAAUCAAAUCCCAUCUGAACUAUAAACAAAAUAAACAGAUAAAUGUUUAUGUAUAAUUUUGCAAUGCAACUGUGAGUAGCAGGUGACAGAAAGCGGCCACAACAGAGAAAACAAUGUUCAUCAACACUUAAAUGAUUACGUCUCUAGUCUAGAGACGCUUUAAAAUUCCAUCCAUCACAUUAUUGAGUAAAACUGUUUGUCGGCCGUAACCACAACACAAACAUAGCAACACUUGUCAUUGUCUGCCGUACAAACCGGGCUUAAACCAACUCUUUGUCAUCUGUUGUAUCGAUAGCAGCCGUUCUCUCUCUCUCAUUUGCACCAAUGCACGCACUCCACAUUUCGCCAGUGAUGCAUUUACGGCUACCCAAAAAGUCGGAUAACGCCAACACCACACAACGUUUCAAUUCCAGAUCGUUACACUAUGACUCCCCAAACAGAAGUGCUUUUUCUACUGUCAUUUAUUAAGAAUGUUCAUUUGUCGUAUGAAUAUUAAUCAUGGAAUGCUGUUACUAGUGAAGUGAAUUAAUUAACUCGUAUCAUGUUUUGAACAUGGUGAAUGAUUUUAUUCAUCUGGGAGAAAGCAAACCACCAGUUGUAAAUGGUAGGUAUUUCAGUUUGGGCACAAACAACAUAAGGCCCAUUAGUACUGACAUUCGUGUGUGAAUUGGAUUAGUUCUCACGGAAGAAAAGGCAAUAAAAUUGGACCUUGGUAUGCAAAGGUCGAUCCGUGAGAAGAGACUACAUGUUUAGCUCAAUGACAGCAUCUAUGAUACCACCUUCAUCUGUUGUCUUUCCAGACACUUACACACAAACUACUACUUUUAUGGUCAGGGUGGGCUGUCCUGAUUUAGCACACGCCCAGAGACAGAAAGGAUGAAUAUAAAACGGAUGGUUUGGCUUCUCCAAGUUAGGAGUGCUUAAUUUUUUACCUGACCUCCUCCAGGAACUGCAGUCCUGUAUAAUGACACUCGCUUGUAAUAAAGCAACUUUUGGUUCAGUAAA